UUUUCGUUUACGAAGAAAAUUACCUUUAAGCGAAAGAAAUUCUUUGUCCUCAAGAGACUCUUUCACCUCCAAACUAACAAAGAGUUCCAGGUUGAGUGUAUCCUCUACCUCUAAUCCGUGGGGUGAUAUGAGCAAGGUGAGCAUAGCAAGUGAUAUGUUUGACACGGGGGAGGAUGCGGAGACCAGACUGCGCAAGGACGAGGCUGCAUGGCGUGGAGAGUUGGGACGUGACAGUAUCCGCUCUCUAUCAGGCAUCUAUGGUGAUGGUGAUAUCUCCAUAAGAACUCAGGGAGAGAAAUUGUCCAUCAGCAGUUUUCUGCGGAGUGGGAGUGGGCCACUCGGCUGUUUGGAGAAGGCUGAAGAUGCGCAACGUCCCACCUUCGGUUUGCCAGUGGUCAGUCCCCAGAAGAAGCCCAAGGCCCGUCCAAUCCUGCCUCCUCCAGAAGACAAGCUGACUUUUUGUGUGGAUCAAGUUCCAACCAAGGACACAACAGUAGAAGUGGAGAAAGAUCCGUGGAAUGUGGAGUCACUGGUGGAACAGUUCUCUAUGGUACAUGGAGAUAGGGAGAGUGAUGUGUCUGUACCCAGUCUGUCAUGUAUUGGCGAACUGCUAUCGGAGAUGAAAGAAGGACUCACUCCGAAGGACAUCAUGGACAGACUUAUGAAUGCUUCAAAAAAGGUAUCAAGUAAAGCCAGGAACAACAAAAGUCAAUUGUUAACAAGUUCAGUUAUUAACCUGGAUAGUACUUCACUGUCUCAUUGCGGUGAUCACCAGAAGUUGAAAACUAUUCCCUCAUUCGUUGAUGGAGAGAAAAGUUUCUGCCGAGGGUAUGAGUCGGACCGCAGCACUCGCUACAGUUCCAGCUUCUGUUCCCGUCUGUCCCUGGAUGAGGGUCCCCCGGCCAUGGCUCUCCGUAAUGGACCUGUCCCCAAUGUAGAAACCAUCACUAUAAAUGACAGUGUUGACCCAUCAGUCUGCAACAUUACUGACUUCGGUGGUGAAGAAGAAGAAGCAUAUGUUUGUGUGCUGACACCUGAAUCUAUGGACUUUGACAUUUUCAAUGACUUCAACAGGGAACAGCAUUAUACCAUCAAUAAGGCCUGCUAUGUGGAUGGCCAGAGGCGGGACGCUGCUGCCCUGAUACACAUUCCUGUCAGUAGGAUGACAUUACAACCAGGGGAGAAGAGGGUUGUCUCUGUAACAGUUGCAGCUCUGAUCGGAGAAACGAUUAAGAUCAAGGUGGAAGUGACGAGAUUUGAUCCGGUGACUCAGGAGAGGGAGGUUAACAAUGUGUUUGGCAAAAUUGUGGCAGAGAUUCCUAAGAUCUCUUUGUUGCACCCUCUGUCUGUGGACAUGAAACCAGUGGCGGAUGAGAGGCUUAAAUACCAAGGAAUGAUGGUGUUACGGAACAAUGGACGUUCUGUUGUACCGGUCAAAUUGUCUCUAGUCCAGUUAAGUCACCUGGAAGUGGACAUGUUCUUCUUGGACCGUGAGAAAACCACAAGUGUGACAUACAGACUGGAGCCUGGUCAGACACUUAAGCAGGUGAUCAACUGUCUGACACCUCCUAUCUUCGAGUGUUCCAGAACCACAGGCCAGACAUUGGUGAAUGCGCAGGUGCAGGUAACACUGGCAACAUCUGCACAAGUUCAGCUACCGCCAAUAACUGCCACCACUUUCACCGCAAGGCUCUCCCCAAACUUCUUCUGUGUUCCUGCCAGUCUCACAAUGACCGCGGACAGUCCUCUCCCUUGCCAGGUGUACAACAGUGGAACUCAGGUGUACAGUUUCCAAGCUACUGCGACCUCUGGCUUCACUGUACAACCAUGUAUAUUUACUGCACAGCCACAACAAACUGUCACCCUCGUGAUUACCUUCCUGGGUAGAACCUUCAAAAAAGGAAUUUUGACACUUAAUGCAAGUGAACUGCAGUCUAAAUCUUCAGGGAAGUUUUACACAAUACAGCUGCAGGGGACUGGUAGUUGCAGUACUUCAAGCAGUGUGUCAGGAACACCCCAGAACUCACGGCCUACGUCACCGAUUUCUCCUUGCAACUCCAUUGCAGAAGGAGGACUACAGCUAGCCUGCACACACAAACAGCUAGUGUGGGGUGGCUGUCACUUACAGCAGAGAGUGGUCAAGUCUUGCUCCCUCAAGAACCUCAACUCUCAACGUGAGAAGUUGAGGCUCAGCCUCAGCGAUCCUCACAAUUGCUUUAAGAUAUUGACAGAGAAGAAGACUGUGGAGUGCGAGAUGCUGGUGAGUCUGCAGCCCAUGGAGAACUGUCAGGUUUCUGUGGUGAUGCUGGCCGCCAAUCCAGGACCCAAGUGGGGACACCUCACCAUCUCCAGGUUCAACCAACCCCAGGACAAGAAAGUGUUGCUGCUAUACGGGUUUGGUGGCAAGGCCCAUGUCAACAUAGAGGGCGUGAUGACCGACCCUGAGCAACACAUGUGGCUGUACUUGGACCCGCCGUGUG